AAAAAAAAAAAAAAAAAAACCUCGAAAGCUUCAUGUAAACUGUGACCGCAAAUCCCCCAUGGUAGUCGGUUUCUCUCACCCUGCAACUCUUUUCCCCUGAUCCUUUUCCUCCCAUUCCAUUUCUCCGUCUAUCCUCUAUCUCCGUCUGUUCAUUUUUCGUCUUCCUGUUGUUCUUUCUUGUUAACGGGGUUUUGAUUUUCACUGGGUUUCAACUUUGAGCGCAAUUUUUGUAGAACAAAGCAGCUUUUCAUGGAUUUAAGGGAUAUGAGUCUUCCAUUUACGUGCUAGCGAUUGCAUCAACCCUUAAUGUUGCAUGAUGUGCUUCCUCGUGCGAUAAACUGAAGAGCGGAUAAUUGAGGUAUUGCACUGAAGAUGAAUGAGGACUAUAAAAGCAUUGAACCGGGGACGGAUUUAGGACUUGGGUUGGGUCACACAGACCAAUGCAUUCAGGGAAGAUUGACCAACAAAUUAGGUGUAGGUGCAAAUGCAGGUUCAAUGGUGGAUGUGGAAUAUGUUACCACCGACUCCCUGUCUGAACUAGUUUGGUCUCCACACAAAGGUUUGAGCCUUAGAUGCGCCAAUUCCAGCUUCAAUAAUAGAAAAACUCCGAUCUUGUGGGAUGCAGCAGCCAAUAACGCAAGUUUUGUACUGCCACGAAGUGUAAUAGCAGGGAAAUCUACUUCCAAUAAUUUACUUGAUAAUAGAACUAUUACUAUUUCACAAGCAGAGAGUCAAUUGAAGAAUAUAUCCGAGGGUAAACAAACUUCAAACAAUACCAGUUCUGAUGAUGCUGCCUGCAUGACAAGCGAAGCACAUAUGCAUAAACUACAGAAAGGGGUGGGAAACCUUGCAAACGAAACAGUUUGCAGGGCAGCAGUAUCUGUUGUAUGUUCUAAACAGGAAGAUCUACAAGCAACUGGAGCAGAUAUAACUGAUGCAGGAAACAUUCCGGUGAACGAAGUAUUGACAGUUGGGAAAAAUGACUGCUCAUACUUGCCAGUUUGUGUGAACAGAAUAAAUGAAGUAUCAAUGAAGCAAGGUGAACCUGAGCUUGAUAAAGUGCAGCAUGACUUGUUAGAUAUGGAUCCAAAUGGUGGAGACAUAAAUGAAGGUCAUAAUAGUACCGCAGGAAAGGGUGUUCUUCAACCCUUGAAUGUGUUUGAUCCUACUGUCUCUCAUCCAACUUAUUUGGGGAAACUGGAAUCAUCUGCAGAAAAUGGCUUACUAAAUAUAAAUGAUAAAAUCGGUGGGUUUGAGGGAAGUAAAAUUUUAGUGACAGUGGUGGAUUCUUCCCAUGAAGUGAGAGGCAGUAACCAGCCAGAUGGUAAAGACAAUUGCAAAGACACGGGUGAUUCAGCUUCUCCAAGUAACGGUGGUAUGCAUUGGAUACAAAGGAAAGGAAAGGAAAAGGCUCUGUCGGAUGGUAAUGUUCAUGGAAGAAUGUUGAACAAUGAAGACAACAGCUACGGAAGUGUUGAAAGCUGUAACAGUGCUUUUCUUGCAACUUCGAAGAGGCGAUGGGGCUUUGAACAACACUUAAUUGUUGGGAACAAAAGAGCCAAAAUGCAAGACGAUAAUGCUUCUGGUCCAACGUCGAACUUAGGUCAAGACAGCUCUUUCAUGAACUGGAUAUCUAACAUGGUGAAAGGAUUCUCAGAGUCGAUACAAGAGGAGGCACCUUCUCUUGACCUUACCCUUGCAAAACCUGAUGUUGAACAUAGAGGCCUAAAUGAAGAACUGAUGGACAAGAAGAUUAAUACUCCUGGGGUCGGUGGCAUUGGUUUCCAAUCUAUCUUCCGGUCUUUGUAUGAUCCGAUCACGAGAGGUGAGGACGGAGCGCCUAGUGCAACCAAACAAGAAGCUAAGGAGAUUGAAAUGAUUAAAAACAGUUGUGAUCUUAAUGCAACUCCAAUAGCAUGUUUUGGGGAGUCUGAUAAAUUUGGCAAACAACUUCUGCUAAACAAUGAGAAUGAGACAGAGUUUUUAUCUGGAAAUGAACCAACCAUACUAAUUCAACUGAAGAAUUCACCUGAAAUUUCUUGUGGCAGUCAUCAAAGUCAUAAAACCAAGUCUGAGGAGAACUUGAAUUCAUGCAAUCUUGUAAGUGGUGCUGGAACAGGUGAAGUUAUCCACCACUCUGCUUUGGAUAAAUGCAAGUCCAACAGUACAGAGAAUGUUGACUGUGAUCUACCUUGUGGAAAGAUUAACCAUACUGCUGGUAAUACGAGUGAUCCUCUCAAAAGCUUGUGGAUUUCCCGUUUAGCCGCAAAAACCUCUGGGGUUAUGGCAAACCCAGAAACUUGCAACCUAAAUAUCAAGGAUGAUUCCCAAUGUUCCAUGCACAGUCCUGGACUGAUUCCUUGCCCUCAAAAUCAAAUUGGUCAUCAUUCCAUGGAUGACUUGGACACUGCUGUUAGUAAGGAACAACGUAAUACAGCUAGUUCUGAGGCUUCUCCUGGUCAUAAGGAAUUCAAAAGCCAUAAUGAGCAGAAAUCCAUUAGUAAGUUCAAAUCUGUUUUACGUUCUCCUAAAGUAAGAAGUCCAGAGGCGAUGGCUUCUGUCUUUGCUAAGAGAUUAGGUGCAUUCAAACACAUCAUACCGUCAGAUUUGACCGUAAAUGUGGGAAAUGAAACUGUGACCUGUUUCUUUUGUGGCACAAGAGGUCAUAGUCUACAUAAUUGUUCUGAAAUUACAGAAAGAGAAAUUGAGGAUCUUUCAAGAAAUAUCAGGCUGUGUAAUGAAACAGUAGAUCCCCCUUGUUCGUGCAUACGGUGCUUUCAGCUCAAUCACUGGGCUAUUGCGUGCCCACUUGCUGCCUCGAGAGGUCAACAGCCAACUGAGUCCCAUGCGUCUUUGGCUGAUUGUUACGAUACUGGUGAGCUCCAACUUGCUUCUGGGAUUGGUUUAAGUGCAAAACCCCUACACGUUGAGGAUAGAAAAAAGAACAGUGUUGCAUCUAUGCUAGAUGAUACUGAUGAUCCCAAUAUCAAAACUGAUCGUAGACCUGAUUGUAAAGCCACUGAAGAAGUGAAGUCUGCAGCAAUGUCGAUUCCAAAAUGUGUUAUGCAAAGAUCUCCAGAGAAAAGUUCGAAAGGAAGUAAGAUGGUCCAUGUCGACAGCUUUGUUGUUGACAAGCCGAAUUCCACUAUACCACAAGUGGUCUUCAAAGCAGUAAAAAAACUUCGACUGUCUCGAAGCAAUAUUCUCAAGUGUAUGAACUCCCACAUGUCACUGUCACUUCUUGAUGGUUUUUUCUUGCGUAUUCGGCUUGGGAAGUGGGAAGAAGGACUUGGGGGAACUGGGUACCAUGUGGCUUGCAUAAAGGGUGCACAACUCACAAAAAAUUCUAUUUCUGUUAUAGUUCGAGGGGUGGAAUGCCAAGUUCAGACCCAAUACAUUUCCAACCAUGAUUUUCUUGAGGAUGAGCUGAAGGCAUGGUGGUGUACAGCUUCGAAGGAUGGCAGCAGAGUUCUUCCUCUGGCAGCAGAUUUAAGAGCCAAAGUGAAAAAGAAAAAGGAGUUGGGUCUGUAAACAAGCACAAAGGUUGAAACUGUACAUAGAAUUAUUACCAUACAUCCCAUACCUACAGCUUGAAAUUCAAUGAACAGUGUCCAAUGGAACAAACAGAUACCAAAUUGUUUAACUUUGUUAUCUAUAUGGGUGUGUCACUGAUGCUGUCUGGUUGGAUUUCAUGAAAGGCAGUCUUCCAACUUUAUGGUAACUCGUGAUAAUGGGACAAGUUUUUGCCACUUUUUCUUUUAAGGUCGACAUGUAUUGUCACACCUUUAUAUGCAAAUUAUUGAAGCAUAGCCGCCUUAAGGGUUUGUUGUUAA